AUGAAACAUGUGGCCAUGGGGCGAUCCGUGCUUCACGGACAAUACACUCUAAUUAUCGGCGUUGUUGACGAGAAUGGAACAACUGCAGCUGCAGCGACGUACUUCGGACUCAGAAUGAGGUCAAGGAGGCCUAACGGCAAAAAGUUUAUCGCAGACCACCCGUUUAUUUUCAUUCUAACCAAGGAUAAAAACGCUCUUUUCAUUGGACAAUAUGUAUGA